CAGCCUUGAAAUGACAUGUGCUGUGUUUAUGUCGCGUUGUAGGUGUGGGCCUAGAGAAGUGUCCAGAUUUUUAGUUACAUCUUGUUAUUGAAAGGAAAUUGGGAUAAUCUUUCAUCUGCGCAUUAAAUAUAGUGUAUUGCUCAUCAUGUAUGGUCCAAAUGACGAUUUUGCGGACGAUUAUAAUUCAUAUGACUACAACAACAGAGCCUAUGAAGGCCACUCAGGUGACCCCAGACAGGAUUUAGAGUAUGAGAAACAUGCAAAUAACCCAAACUACCAUGUUCCUGAUGAGGUCCGUGGUUUUAUACUGCACUUCUACCGAUGUUUAAAAGAUGGAAAACUGUUUGAAGUUGGCAGUUGCUAUGAGACAAGGUAAGGUCUCCCUCUAAUG